CUGAGGAAGAAAAUAUUCCCUGAAAAUGAGAAAAUCAUUCAUGAGAAACACUGUAUUUAUUUACUUUGCAUUGUGAUAUUCCAGUUUAACAUAUCCGUAGACAGCUGAGACUGUAUAAAACGUAUUCAGAACCUUUUUUAACAUAGAGACUAUUUUCCAUCGUUCAAAUGUCAAACAUAAAAGCUGAACUGCCAGAAAGCAGAGAGAUUUAGAGUUAAAACGUUCAAAAUUUUAAUCAGUUACAGCAACAGAGUUUGGAGCGGAUUAUACUGUGCAAAAUGACAAACUUCAAAUGAUUUAAAGAUAUGAACAUGGUAAAAAAAGUUUAAUGAUAAAGAAUAAAAAAGGCAUCGUGUUCAUAUUAAUACAUAUUUUAUUCAAAAUAUAGGUUAUACUUGUAUUAUUGUAGCCCUGGUAAGUGAAAGGCCUUUACUUAAUACCUUUGUAAUUAACCCCACAGGCAAUGGAUAGGAUAGGAUAGAUUGUAGACCAAUUAUUACAUCCAAAGCAGUGUGGAGAGGAAAUACAUGAUAAGCCUACUUUGACAUAAAGUAGCACAAAUAUGCUGUUAAAUGUAAUGUCUUUUUAAUUGCAUUUGUUAAUAAACCAUGAUAGAAAAUUAGGUCUACGUUUUAUCCAAACUGAGCGAUGUUACAAUGUAGUAUAGUUAGUGGGCUGUGUCGGCAAUUAUAUUUAAUUACAUUCAGAUACGUUUUGGUACUUUGACAAGAAAAAAAAUAUAACCUGAAGCUCAGAAGUCUUAUGGAUCAAUGUCAGUCACUCGAUUAGAUUCAAAAUUUUGAGGGAAAAAUAAUAAAAUGCUCCAGUUUCAUGAAAAACACGGUGAAAGAACGAGAAGAAUUAAAUAAACUGAAUAUAAGCGCCAUCUGCAGCGCUGCAGGUCAUUCAGCCUGUAGGUGGCGAUAGCAGCUCGUGGCAGAUGUGCUCGUGUCCUUCCCGAAUCACGUCACUUCCACCAAAACAAGUGUCCCGAGGCAGCUGGCUGAGCAACCAGGAACUGUAACUUUCAGAAGCAUUGAAUAGAAAUUAAGAAAACUUGCUGGCAGUUUUAGGAUGAACACCACUCUGAAGCACUGGAAGGAGGCGGCCACUCUUGUUUUAACCGCAGGCAAGAGGCUCGACGCGGACACUUUAUCGUCAAGGACACCGCUGACAGCCGCUGCAGGUUCACCGCUGGACAGCAGCCAUGGACGGUCACACCUGCCGCACAAGUCCUGCUUUGAUUACGACGUUUUACUGCUUAAACGAAGCAGUAAAAGUGGAUUCAUGCCCAACGCCUAUGUGUUUCCCGGCGGUAUGGUGGACUCUUCGGACUUUUCCAGUGAAUGGCUGGACAUUUUCAAAUCUUUCCGAAACUCGCCUAAUUUUGGUUUGAGAAGUGUCAAACAGCCCGUGGAGACUAGACCUCCAAUCUUCGCCACAGACCGAUUGAAACUGGGCUCUCCUAUCCCGGGGGAGGUCGCCUUCCGCAUCUGCGCCUUGAGGGAGACGUUUGAGGAGUCUGGUGUGCUCCUAGUUGUGUCGAAACUGGAGGAGAAAAGUGUUUUAAAAAGCAUAGAGGACAGGUGCGCCACUGAUCUAGCGCUACAUUACAAAGUAAACGAGCUGUGCAGUAGUGAACUCACCAGGUGGAGGGCUCUGGUAAACCAAAAGCCCUCCAACUUCAUCAGGAUGUGCAGAGAGUUGGAGGUGUUGCCCAACAUCUGGGCUUUACAUGAGUGGGGCAACUGGCUGACUCCCAUAGGCAGAUACGGUGUGACGAGGUUUGACACGAUUUUCUUCAUCUGCUGCCUGCAGGAGAUCCCACACACACUUCAAGAUGAAAAGGAAAUAGUGCGCUUUCAGUGGUCCACACCGUCGGAGGUCCUGCAGAGCUACCAGGAACGGGAGUUGUGGAUCGCCCCCCCACAGCUCUAUGAGCUCAGCCGCAUGUGCCGUGUCCCUUUGCUGAAUGACCUCCACAACUUCUCCAGCCAGCGUGCCACAGAGGGCUGCGAACAGUGGCUGCCUGUUGUUGUCGUCCUAAAAGAUAAACAUUACGUAUCACUGCUGCCAGGUGACAAACUUUAUCCAUUGGACACUUCAGGAGAGGCUAAGGUGGAUAUAAGCACAGACCCUCAGCUGGAGAAUCCUCAGGAUGAUUCUGGACUGAACCGCAUUGUGAUCUUAGAUCCUUACACUGCAACUCUACAGGUCACCAUUACACCCAAGUACAAUCAUCUGCUCCCUGUUGUAGGGAAAGCCUUCCCACAUGACUCAAAAAGUCAGUAUUGACUUUGACCCUACGUGCUGUACGAGCCCUACAACUGCUCUGUGCACAUGUAAUAAAACACGUUUUGGGGUUGUUUUUUUAAUGAAAACAUUACUUACAUUAGUAUUAUUAUUAUUAGAACAGUACAGGUGUUACUAAUAACACUAACAAUGGCUCUGUUCUAUUCAUGUGUCACAGUAAAGCAUCAGUCACACCACAAAGUGACAUUCGCUCGUCCAGGAAAAACAGGUGGGGCUGGGAGCUUGGUGAUGUAGUGACUACUCACAGGGCUAGUUGGUGAACUGCUGUAGCUGGCGAGCUAACCACUAGUCAGUCACAAUAGCUCCUGGAGCUUCUCUAUUUUCUCUCUACUUUCUCUCCACUGUUUACUUUCCCCUGGCAUUUUGUUCACCAUUGCACUCCAUAAAGUUUUUGAAGAGGGAGCAUAAAGCUCUCCACGUUUACGAGCUUGGUAACGGUCGGUUAGCAAACCUGUUAGCUUAGCUGGGUAGCUAACGGGACAAUAAGUUCACACAGUUUGUUCAAAAUAUGUAUUUGUACCAUCCACUCCUGUCUCAAAACUGUCUGCAAACCAUUUCUCUUUUGUAGAACAAUUUUUCCUCUGUCAGGGGAGGUUAAAUAAAGUGAAUGAUGCAACACAGUUAAUAAGCUACGAUAGCUUCCUCCAUUUUGCGCUCUCCUGCUCUCCGUUCAAAGGUCAGCACUGCCCAGACCAUAGUCAUCUUGCUAUAUUGGUCAACGGAGCAAAUUUCUUGUCAAAGUUCACCAAGGUUGAACUCUACAUGGACCUUGCACGGAUUAAUUUCGCCUCUUCAAGCGGAUCCUCUGAUCGCAGCGAUUCCAUCAAUUUUACCAUUUUAAAUCCUGGUGUGUCCAGGCCUUAAGCCAUGACAGUAAGCCAGCCUGCACAAUACCAGGACCCUGAAACUGAAGCAGCUAAAUGGAAUUCAGCCAUCAUGAAUUUUUUGUGCUUUCCCUACUGUGAUAUGUCAAAAUGUCUUCAGUGGAAAAGGCUUAUUGUGUCCUUGUCAAUGACAAGCCUAGAUUUGUUUUGAGGGAAUAGCUCUGGUCUGAACUUGACUAUUAAUAACUGUUAAUAGUCAGGUAGUCAUAGUAGUCGUAGUUUGCUAAUUUAUUUUUUUUUCCAUUGGACUUUAUGUCACAGUCAUUGCCAUCAGAGCUAGAGCAAUCUGUCCCUCCACCAGCUUCCUCACUGUUUUUUGUUUUUUUGUGUAACAAAUUAAAUAAUAAGUAAUUGCUAAUGGCCUUAUUCUACACAGGCCUUCUAGGUGUUAAGAGGGUCAUCAGACUUGAAGUGGUUCAGGCAGAAUUAAGCUGCUGGGUUUUGUUUGAUAAAUGGAGCUUAUUCCUUAUAAAAUAGGUUGAUUACAACAAAUAUAACUGUUAAAUCUGAUUUUGUUAUAAUUGUUUUAAUGUGUGGUGAAAUAUAAAGAAUUAAGUUGUACGUGGAAAUAAAUACUGGCUGGACCUUG